GGAAAGGUCAUCUGGUGGUGAACAUUGUAAGCCAGCUUUCCUUUGCAGUUGGUUUGUUUGUGUUUUCGCCGGGCAGUUUUCUGCAUUUUCCUCAUGGAUGUGACCAAAACCAGCCGGUCGGCGUGCAAGAAAUGCGGCUACACAGGACAUCUCACAUAUCAAUGCAGGAAUUUCCUCAAGCUGGAUCCGGAAAGGGAGAUUCUUCUGGACGUGAGCAGCACUAGCAGCGAUUCCGAUGAUAAAUAUGUGACCCCGCUGAAGAAGCUGAGGCAGGAGGAAUUGCAGGAAGUGGAGAAGAAGCGAGAGGUGGAGAGGAAGAAGAAAAAGAAGAAGGAGAAGAGCAAAAAGGAGAAAAAGAAGUCUUCGCGAAGACGAAAGUCCAGGAAAGAAACAGAUUCUGAGUCCUCGAGCUCUGACGAGUCUGAGAGUGAAUCUUCAGAAGAUGAAUCAACAGAUUCUGAUUCAAGUUCAGACGCCAAAUCCCGGAAGCGCCGAAAGGAGUCCAGGAAAAAGAGGAAGAAAGUGAAGAAGAGAAAGAAGAAAUAAAAUGUCACGCGGACUUCCAUUCCCAGACAGGGGAGAGAAUAUCUGUGCGGGCAGUGCUGGUGAGGAGUUGAUGAUUUGUGGGUGUGCAUGAGGAGCUCUUGCGGGUGUUCGCGCGGCGCAAGAGAAGAGACAGUGCUGAAGAGUGUGUGAUAUCCUU